AUUGCACGAGUGCUGUAACCUCACCUGCACGUUAGAGGUAUUCAGCCCUGUCAAAGAAGCCUUUUUUUUGGGCGCCAAGUUUCCAGUCGGUCCGCCGGAUUUUGUGUCCGGAAGAGGAGUUGCGCGCGCAAAAAGUCUUCAACUCGACAGAACUUGUGUGGGCGUUUUUCAAGCCCCGGGGUGAGUGCCUCAAUUGCGCUACACUCGCCCUCGAUCCGGAAUUCCGGGACUGUGGUAGUGCGCGCCCUGGGCUUUCUGUACGUAUGCGAGUACAGUACGAGUACAGUACAAGCGGGAAGUUUAAAUGAAGUCGCACCCCGCGCGGCCGCAGGGGAAUUCCAAUAUCUAUAUUCUACAUUAAUCCGGGGUGGCACCGCUACAGCUAAUAUUGGAGGGGCUCGUACUCUAGUACCGGGGCUAGGGAUCUGCUUUCCCCACCUAUCAAUUUUACGGCGCCUCGCUCGUUCAUAUUAUUCACCUUUAUCUAACGCAAUCGGACACACGCUUAGUACCGUACUGUACUAGUACUGUACCUGCAUUGGCUUCCCGAACAGCCGGAUAAACUAUUUUCUCAGUCUAGGCUAGAAACAUCCCAGCCCGACACCUCCAGCGGCUGCCAACUCCCCCGCUGCACACUCCCAAAAUUACAGUACAGUACAGCCGCUGGGGGGCACCUCAAAAAAGAUAGGCUGUUAGCGAAGUUACGGGGUUCAACCCGAACAGCAGUUUGGGGAACCUACUCGGACCUCGCUCGUGGUCGAAAUAUAUAAGAAUGCUAAGAUUUCCAUGUGGAUUUCCGCACCUAUCCCUCUCCUUUCCUAGCCGACCUUGAGCCAUUCUUUUCCCCAGUUCUAUUCGUUCCACCUUCCUUUGGCAAGAUAGUAAUAAUAAUCGAAAGAGAUGGUUCAGGCAAUCCUCUUCUUAGCCAGUUUCGCCACGGCAGCGCUCGCGGCACCGAAAGUUAUUUGGGAUGGCAGGUUGAAGUUGGAUUUUCCAGCUGCAGAUCUGGAUAAGUCCGCUACUAGUCCGUAUAAUGCCGAGUUUGUUCUCGGUGCUGGACAGAAGUGGUCUGAACAGCUGCUUUUCCCGAACAUGAGUGUUUCGGGGCCCUCUUUGGUAUUACAUUACUCUUCUGUCAAUUGGCCAUGGUGGUGUUGGUGACUGAUGGCUGGGUAGUUCGAUUUGGUGCCUUCGGGUUGUAGGAAGCCGGUUGAGGUUACGAUAAAGUAUUUUUUUUUCCCCCGCCAAUUGAGCUAUUGCAUGAGUAGAAGACUUAUGAUUUUUAUUAGUGAUAAAUCAAUCUUCGCGCCAGGUGGCAAUGCGCAAAAGGGCUUCCGUCGCUCGGAACUCCUACCCAACACCAACAACGGCACGGACGCUACGGUCCAGGGUGUCACGACAUUCCACUUCUCCGUAAGAGAAGACGUCCACCGCCCAUUGAACUACUCCCACCAAUACGAGGUAACUUCCCCCCCCCUCCCCAUUAUCCAUCCACCUCCGAUUCCAAGUCCAAUCACUGAGCCACCCCGUAGAUAGCAUUUAUCGAAACCAACGACUUUAGCAGUCACGUCUGGACUUUGAAGACCGGAACGUCCUUCAAUUCCUCUGAGGUCCCAGCCAAAGACGCGAAGACACUCCGACUCGGGGGUUCCACCGCCGGCGGGAAAGCCGAGGAAGUGCUCUUCUCUGUGCCAUUCGACGGCGGGUGCUGGCAUAACUUUGCCAUUCAAACGAAUUGGGUUGAUAAGUGGGUAUACACGUGAUGUGGAUUCGGCGAGUGGGCAAGCUAACGCUCAAUCAGCACUAUCUCGGCGUGGUACUCUAGCGGUUAUGGCCUUCUGAAAGAGGUUGUGAAGACCAGGGCGAAUAAUGCUACUGGCAAGGGCCAAGGUGAGACCCUACCCCAGCUUGUUCACCGGUUGGAUAGCAGGGCUAACGAUUGCAGCGCACAUCGGAGUCUUGAAAUUGCCCACCCCACCGGCCACUGACCUUUCCCACGAGGGAUAUCAGCCAUCGGGUAUCAAAGAGGGACUGAUCUAUGGUGGUCUCUUUGUCGAGGAUUGCAGUCAAAACGGUGUUUCCAUCUCUCCUUGGUGAUGAUAGCAAGAACCCUCCGCACAUUUGGGUAGAGAGCGGGAGGGCAGAUUUUCUUCCGUACGGGCAUCUGUUGAACCGGUUGCUUGAUUUGGAAAACUUGGUACAAGCACGCCGCUGAGCGGUAUCGAGUGUGUUGAUUAUGCGAUUAUCUUCCUGUAAUAGUCUUAGGGGGCUCAGGAGCACCAAUAGCUUAGCCCUGGAAACAUAGUGUAUCAUAUCGUACAUACUAACUCUCAUAGAAUG